CACAAACAACCUACCAUUCCCUGUGUUGGGCUAUCUACUGCGCCUAAGCUAAGAUGUAACGCCCAGCCAGAAAUGUUUGAGACACGUGAGAGAACCCUGCCGAUCUGGACCGGAACGACGUGGAUAAAACGGAGUCUUGGACGCGAAUGAGAGCGAGUCUGACAUCACACGAUUCCCAUCCAUUCUGCUUACUCAUAAUGCUGCCUCAUACUGAACAAACUAGGUCUGCGUAUUCAACAGCCUGGUCAUGGAGAUUGUGUGAAGUUCAGAACUCGCCGUUGAGCGCCACGGUCGGACCGAAGGCGAAAGGCGCUAUUCUCGCUUUCAGAAGUCGUGAUAAUUCGCCACCCCCAAAUUCGAACUUGAUGUAUCGAGUAGCUAAUUCAACUACUAUUCCUACUGUUUCACGCUCUAUAUAGCUGCUUUCGUCACAAU